CGGGCGGGGGUGGUGCGGCAGAGGUGCGGCCGUGCCGCCGGCGGAGCUGCCGCGGCCCCGGGGCGCGCCCUGGCCGCGAGGUAUCUGAGCACAUCCUGGCAGAGAAGACAAGAGGCAAGGUGGGGAAGAUGGAGGGCUCGUUGUGAGCCCAGCUUCUUCUCCUGCCUUUUCACCCCCCCCCCUUUGCAAGGGAGAGGGAAAUAAUCGUCCUCAAAAGCUCUGGAGCUCCCUUCAAUCUGGCUGCGUGUUUAGUAUGCGGUUUGUGCCUCCUCGCUAAUGAGAGGGAGAAUGGGAACCCAGGGAAGCCCUGUGAAGAGCUAUGAUUAUCUGCUCAAGUUCUUGUUGGUAGGAGACAGCGAUGUUGGAAAAGGAGAAAUCCUGGAGAGCCUUCAAGAUGGAGCAUCUGAAUCGCCUUAUGCCUACAGCAAUGGAAUUGACUACAAGACCACUACUAUCUUGCUGGAUGGCAGGAGGGUCAAGCUGGAACUCUGGGACACCUCAGGGCAAGGAAGAUUUUGUACCAUUUUCAGAUCCUACUCUAGAGGAGCCCAGGGAAUUCUCUUGGUGUAUGAUAUCACUAAUCGUUGGUCCUUUGAUGGGAUAGAUCGGUGGAUAAAGGAAAUAGAUGAGCAUGCCCCAGGUGUCCCUCGGAUCCUGGUGGGAAACAGGCUUCACCUGGCCUUCAAGCGGCAAGUACCGACGGAGCAGGCCCGGGCCUAUGCAGAGAAGAACUGCAUGACGUUUUUUGAAGUCAGCCCACUGUGCAACUUCAACGUCAUAGAAUCCUUCACAGAGUUGUCUCGCAUUGUACUCAUGAGGCAUGGCAUGGAGAAGAUCUGGAGACCCAACAGAGUGUUCAGCUUACAGGACCUGUGCUGCCGAGCCAUUGUAUCCUGUACUCCAGUCCACCUCAUUGACAAGCUGCCAUUGCCUGUCACCAUCAAGAGUCACCUGAAAUCCUUUUCUAUGGCAAAUGGGAUGAAUGCAGUGAUGAUGCAUGGCCGGUCGUAUUCUUUGGCCAGCAGUGGGGGUGGGAGCAGCAGCAAAGGUAACAGCUUGAAGAGGUCGAAAUCAAUUCGUCCACCUCAGAGCCCCCCACAGAACUGCUCGCGCAACAACUGCAAGAUUUCUUAGCAGGAUGGAUGCACUAUGAGCAUCUUAAUAUAUUCACACUCACCCACCGAUGUACAGAUGUUUGCACACUUAACCCUUUUCGACUGGAUCCUUUCGGAUGGGCUUUCAUUGCUUUUCCGACGGUGCACACAAGAUUGGGAACGUGCUGAUGUUUGGCUUCGUAUAUGAAGUGUGGUGCUGGCUGGAUCUCAUUGGACAGGCAGGGAGAAGAGUCUGCCAAGUGCCCCUCCAAGAAUGCUUUAGGCUUUGCCUCUCAGUCUGGGGUGGAAAAUUCAACAGCUGCU